AUGUCAGACUGGGCAGCGCCAUCGAGCGGCCGGUGGAUCAAAGUGCUGUGCUUGCAUGGUGUUGAACAAGUGAGUUGCCAAUGGCAAAUCAUGCUUGCCCAUCAUAUCCAGACUGAUAGCCUCGAGGACGUCAUUUGCCUCCAGUCCGCGGCCUCUUUUCGAGCUCAACUCGGACAAAUCACAAAUUCUUUGCCUGGCAAUUGGCAAUUUCACUUUCUUGAUGCGCCUCAUGUAGCUUUGGUGGAUCAUCCUGCAAGCUCUUCCUCCUCCGAUGUCUGGGCUCGAGCAGCAGGUCUGCACUCUUUGAUCUGCACGCUCUCACCCAAUCACCUUCGCUCCAAGGCUGCCUCUCAGGAACUCGGCACAGCGGAUCUUUCAACGGUCUCUGGAGCCAUCGAGCAUGCUUACGAAUCAGGAGGCAUAGACGAAGUCGAAUCGCUUGUGGGAAGAAAGUCUGGCAAAAGUUGCGAAAGAUGCUGGAGCUUUCAGUUUGCCCCGAGAUGCGAAGGUGGCUCGGAGCUCACGGCUGGUCUUGACGCUACCCUCUCACUAGUAGGCGACUAUAUGCGCGAGCAUGGUCCAGUGAGUUACGAGCGCAAGUCGCUUCGUUCGACCACAAGAAAUGCUAAAGGCUCCCAAGCUGCGCACCUCGGUCGAUCUCUAGUUCGAUGGAUUUGUAGGCACCAAUACUGGAUUUGACGUCUGUGAGUGUCCUCGUGGGUAGGUGUGAUUUCGGUGGAAUAGAGCGCUGAUACGGGGGUAACUUGCUUCUGGCGGCUAGUGUACCUCGUGCAGUCUCUCUUGACUUACCCAGUACAAGGGAGCAAACACUAUCCAUCCUUUUUUCCUCAAUUGCCUGGUCACUCAAAGCGACUUCCUCGCAUGGGAGGCUACGACACGUCCGAGGACCCAAUGCGAGAGCCUGGCGCCAAAGAGACUCUUCCAGCUGGUUAUGCGGCCACUCAAGGCCCUUUCAAAUUCGGCAUCAUCAAGGAGAGAGAGCCUGGGAAAGUCUGGAUACCCAGCGGCAUCGGCACAAAAGCCAGCGAAUGGAUCAUGAGCAGAUUCGCUUCUACUGAGACGCUACGCGUCCCAGAGAACUCAACUGCGUAAGUCUGCACUGAGCGCAUGCUACGUUAUGCUACGAACGACUCACCAUGUCGCCCUGCUUGACAGCGCCGGUUGGACCGAGUACAUUUCAAGAUGGUUGCAGGCCACGGCAGCUGCGGCAGAUGGCGAUGCAGAAGCUCAGGCCGCUUUGCAAGCUCUAUCAGCUCCAGGGCAAUCGCGUCCCGAUCUCACCAAUCUCGCUCAUUUGCCGUCGUUCGACAAGCUGAGCGGCGAGUUGAACGUUCUCUACAGAACCAUCUACAAAUCGAAAGCACAGCACGAGAAAUCAAAGGCGUUUCAAACCAUCGAUGGUGUUAGGCGUGCGGCAAGGGGACUCAACGAGCUUGAAGCUGAAUGCAGAACACAACUGAAGGAGACGAGAAAGCUGGGCAGGAAAGGAAGCGAUGCAAAGGUGCGAGAGCAGCUUGGAAAGUGUGCCAAAAUUCUGCAAGAGCUUGCCGCAGUUCUUGGGGAGGUGCAACGUCGCUCGAAAUUGGCAGUCUCGUGAGUUGGCCGAGAUUCAUGGAUCCUUGGUUGGAAGAAGGUGGAAAGAGAGCUCUUAUCAAACUCCCAAAUCCCGCUCUUUCGCUUUUCUUUUAUCAAUUAGGCAUCUGAAAGCCCAUCUUCGCACGCCUCCGGCUCCAACCUUUGCGCCCUUCAUCGUCUCUGCAUCGGCUACCUGCUCGGGUGUAGGCGUCGAGGCUAGUGCAUUGUUCGAAGCCUGCCAAGCUCUAAUCGGGCAGGUGGUCGCAGCACAGAACCGCAUCGAGCACGCCUUUGCCAAGAGAGCUCUGCUUUAG